GAACUAUGUUGAAAUUUUGCCUUAAUUGAUUAGUACAAUGACACACUUCCAACAGAGGGGGAUUUGUAUGUAAUUAUGAAUUCCCAAUGCACCAUAAACCAUUUUAAGGGCUGUGACUCUCUCUUUCUGUCACAUUUUUGCGCUGUGUAUCAUUUCUCUGGACAUGAGUGUUGAGACAUCGGUGAAAUAAGCAGUCGUUCAAAUUUUAGGAGGGAUAUUUUAAGUCACCAGCUACAGAAAUGCAAGCAAUCAGGUCUCUGUUUGUCCCAAAGUGGUCUUCAGAUGUGUGUCUGGAGGGAAAGACGGCUAUAAUAACAGGGGCUAACACUGGAAUUGGAAAAGAAACAGCUAAAGACCUGGCCAGCAGAGGUGUGCGGGUGAUUUUGGCGUGCAGAGACAUGGCGAAAGGAGAACAAGCCUGUCGUGACAUCAUGAGGGAGGUGAAGGGAGCCAAGGUAGUCGCCAGGCAACUGGAUCUUGCUGACACCAAAUCGAUCUGCCAGUUUGCUGAGAAUAUCUACAACACUGAAAAGGCUCUUCACUACCUGAUCAACAAUGCAGGUGUGGCUAUUUGCCCUUAUGCUGUGACUGUGGAUGGAUAUGAGAUGCAGUUUGGAGUCAAUCACUUGGGUCAUUUCUUCCUGACCUUUCUACUACUGGACCUGCUGAAGCACUCGGCCCCAUCCCGGAUCAUCAACGUGUCGUCGGCAGCUCACGCCAUGGGCAAGAUCCAGUUUGAUGACCUGAGCGGAGAGAAAGACUAUCACCCCGUCAGGGCCUACGCGCAGAGCAAGCUGGCCAACGUCCUGUUUACCAGAGAGCUGGCCAAGAGGACUGAGGUUCUAGGUGUGAUGGCCUACUCAGUGGAUCCCGGAAUGGUCAACACUGAGAUAACCAGGCACAUUAGGCGCCCUCUUGUGGAUAUAUUCAAGACUUUCGGUAGCCUGAUCAAGACCCCAGCAGAGGGAGCUUACACCAUCAACUACUGCGUCGUCACUCCUGAGAACCAGCUGCUCACUGGAGGAUACUACAAGGACUGUUCCAUUUCCAAGAGCUGCAGGGCAGGUCAGGAUGACGGCACUGCCUUAAAGUUGUGGGCUGUGAGCUGCCACCUGCUAGGCAUCCGCUGGAGAUAAACUUACAGACUUAUACAUGUUCUCCUAUAUACCAUUAACCGGUGUUCACAAGCUCAUACAGUGAUAACCUUAAUACAACAGAUGUGGUGAUGCCAGAUUUAGUGAAUGCUGAAAAUGUGACGUAUGUGAUGGAUUUGUGUAAGUAGGCAACCAGGAGACAAAAUGUGCUAAACCUACUCAUUGUAAUAGACUGGGUAAAAAUGAAGAGUCAGAGAGGCUGCCAUGCAAAUAGGUUGGAGAAGGAAAAUGAUCGGAGCUGCUGCAAAUAAAAAGUAUCACUGAUAUUCCAAA